CACCAUUUCAUUUGAUUUGCUUUCAUCUCAACUUGUUUCCUUCAUUUUCUCUGUGCAAUCCUUCUUCCUAUCAUCUUCUGCGGCUACUCCCUGCACCUCAUCUCACAUCCCUUUACACAAAUCACCUCAUCCUUACAAGAUUCUCAUUCCUCACCCUUUCACAUUUGAUUUUGAUUUCAUCCCAACUUGUUCCCUCCAUUGUUUGCCUGAUCAAUCUUUCUUCCGCUACUCUCUGCACCUCAUUUCGCUCCCUUUUGGUCAAAAUCAGCUUAUUUCCACUAUUCUCCCCCUUUGUUUCAUAUCCUCAUCUGAUUCAUUAGCUUCUUUUGUUUAUUGUCUCUUUAUUCUUGUUUGGCACCUAUAUAUUUCUCUGAACUCUCAAAAAGAAAAAAAAAAUGGCCGAGACUUGUGUUUGUGCAGUUUGUCAGAAUGCUGCUGGAAAUGUUGUUGGGAACUUGUUUAGUAAAAUUCUGUCUCUUAUCUCAGAUCCAAUCACUUUUGUGCUCAAGUGCAACAACAAUGUUGACAAUCUGAAGCGACGAGCUGAUGAGUUGAAGCUUAGAAAAGGGUCUGCAGAUGGCUGUGUUGAUGUUUUUUACAGAAGAGGGGAAGAAAUCACACAAGAGCUCAAGAAUUGGUUGCCUAAUGCCAACAGUCUCAUUGAAGCUGCGGACAAAUUAACAGCUGAUGCGGAAGAAAAUGCCAAGAAGAAGUGUUUCUUUGGGCUGUGUCUCAAUCCCAUAUCUCGUUACCAACUCAGCAAAAAUGCCAAGGAGAAUUCAGAGGCUAUUGUUCAUCUUUUGGGAAAACCUUGUGAUGUUCUGGAGAGGAUCAUGGAAGCACUGCAAAGUCAAAGCAGCAGCAUUAUAAGGGUACACGGGAUGCCUGGCGUGGGGAAGACGAUGCUGGCCAAAGAAGUAAAAAGAAGAGCAGGGCAAGACAACCUGUUCGAUGUGGUAGUUAUGGCUCUUGUUUCAAAGAAUGCAGACUCGAAGAAGAUUCAAAUGGAAAUUGCCCGUGGCUUGGGUCUAGAUCAGCUUCCUAAUGGAAUUACAACUCAGGAGGCUGCCGAUCAUAUUAAGAGAAAGCUGAAGAAAAUGAAGAAGGUUUUAAUCAUUUUGGAUGAUAUUUGGAGGCCUGGAAUAGAUUUGGAGGAGCUUGGAAUUCCUCUUAGAAACGAGCCAAAAACUAUUGAGGAGAGCUUGCCAAGAGAAGAACAUGUAGAAUGCAAAAUUCUGCUGACGUCCAGAGAUUCUGAUGUUUUAUCACAUCUGAUGGAUUCUCCACUGAACUUUUCACUUCGUCAAUUAGACUCUGGAGAAGCAUGGGAGUUGCUUAAAAAGAUAGUUGGUGACACAGCUGAGAGUAAGGAGCUACACGAUACGGCCAUUGAGAUUGUCCGGAGAUGUGGGGGCUUGCCCCUUGCAAUUACAACAAUGGCAAAGGCUUUGAAAAAUAAGGAGGGUUACCAAUGGAGGGAUGCUUUGAGAAAACUAAGAAAUCCCUCUUCGGAAAACUUCCAUGGCAUACCUGCAGAGGUUUAUUCAGCUAUUGAGUUCAGUUACUCUCAUUUGGAAACCAAGAAGCUGCAGGAAACAUUUUUGCUUUGCUGCCUAAUGGGUCACAAGGCUUCAAUUCAAGACUUGUUGAAGUAUGGUGUAGGCUUAGGCUUAUUUGCUAUCACCAUAGAGGAAGCACGAGAUGAAGUAUUUACUUUGAUAAGCAAGCUCAAAGCCUCUUCUUUGCUCAUUGAUGAUUCUGACAAUGAUUAUUUUGAUAUGCAUGACCUUGCUCAGGAUGUAGCUGUAUCAAUCGCGCGUGGGGAUCGUCAUGGGUUGCUGCUAACAGGUGAUCAUGCACCGAGAGAGUGUUCAGACAUGGAGGCAAUGAAAGAUUUCAAAUGGAUUUGGCUGGAAAAGGCUAAUAUUAAUGAGCUUCCCGAUGAGUUUAAAAGUCAGCUUACUCUUUUUAGUUUGGUUGAUAUUCAUCCUUCUCUGCAAAUUCCAGCAAACUUUUUUAAGGGAAUGCCAAGACUCAAGGUAUUGGAUAUGACUCGCAUGCAUAUGUCAUCCCUGCCUUCAUCAAUUUGCCUCUUGCAGAACCUUCACACAUUAUGUUUGCAUCACAGCGUGUUGGGGGACAUACGUAUUAUUGGAGAGCUGAAGAAUUUAGAAAUUCUUAGCCUUCCAUGGGCUGUUGUUGAAGAGCUUCCAAGGGAAAUUGGGCAGUUGACUCGGCUAAAGUUGUUAGAUUUGAGUAACUGUACCAAACUCCGAGUAAUUCCCCCACGCGUCUUCGCAAAUAUGUCCAGAUUAGAGGAACUGUACCUGAGAAACAGCUUCCACAGAUGGGAGGUUCAGGAAAAUGAAAGUCAAAGAAAUGCGGGCCUUGCUGAGUUGAAGCAUUUGAAGAAAUUGACUAAUUUAGAGCUGACUGAAGAGCUACAUCUAAGGGAGUUGGCAGGUGUAAAGAAUGUGGUUGAUGAGUUAAAUACUGAAGGUUUUCCAGAUUUGAAGUAUCUCAAUGUCCAGAAUGCUCCAGAGGUUCAACAUAUCAUUAAAUCAGUGGAGGGGUUCGGGGAAGUGCUACGGUCCUUGAGAUUGCAACGUCUACCAAAACUGAGUAGUAUCAACAAAAGUUGCAGGGACAUGCCACUUUUCUUUGAACAGGUUGUGUUACCAAGCCUUGAGGAGCUGCAAUUAUGCUGGAUGAAUGUUGACAUCAAAUGGCUCACUUCAAUAACAUCUUUUUGUGUCAAGAAAUUGAAGAAAUUGAUCAUUCAAGGCUUUGAUAAUUUGGAAUUUUUGUUCUCAUCUUGUGUGGCUAGAGGUAUGGUGAUGCUUGAACGACUUGAAAUAAGGGAAUGCAAGAGGAUGAGAGAGAUUAUUGUCACAGAGAAUGCAGAAGAAAAAGAAAUUUUGAUUUUUCCCCAAUUGAACCACCUAUCGAUAGAAGACCUUCAAAACCUUGUUGCAUUCUACUUAGGAAAUUGUAUUGUUGAAUUCUCAUCCUUGGAGGAUUUGGAAGUACUGAAUUGCCCCGAAUUGAAGGGAUUCACAGUUAAAUUUUCUGAAAGCACAAGUUGCAUAGUUGACAUACAGACACUCUUCAAUGAACAGGCUGCAUUUCCCAACUUGAAAAGGUUGACUAUCACCCACUUGAACAACUUGGAGAUCAUAUGGCACAACAAACUAUAUGCAAAUUCCUUUUGCAGACUAAUAUCAUUAAAAGUUGGAAAUUGUGAAAAGCUAUCAACUGUUUUUCCUUGUACUGAUAUAUUGGGAAAAAUCUUGAAAUCCCUAGAGGUGUUAUCUAUAUAUCAGUGUGGCUCACUCGAAGGGGUAUUUGAAAUUGUCGAGUUCAAUGUCAAACAAACACAUGCUGUGAUUGACACCAAGUUCAAAGAAUUGAAUAUUGAAGGCCUACCAAGAUUGAAGCAUGUGUGGAAUAAGGAUCCCCAAGGAAUACUCACUUUUCACGACCUGAAAUCAAUCAAGGUAAGCUAUUGUGGGAGUCUCAAAAAUUUGUUUCCAGCUUCAAUAGGCAAAAACCUUUUGCAACUCCAAAAGCUACAUUUAUACCGGUGCGGGGUGGAGGAAAUUGUCACAAUGGGAGAACAAGAAGCUGGAGCAAUUGUUAGCUUUAAAUUUCCUCAAGUAACAAGUCUAAAGCUUGAGGUGCUACCAAGACUCCAAUGUUUCUACCCAGGGGAGCACACAACAAUGUGGCCAAUGUUAAAAGAGUUCUGUUUUUCUCACUUCAAUCAAGUAAGGAGAGCAGAUGGGUGUGGGCAACUUGAUUUCCCUGUACGACUACCACUUUUCUCCACAGAAAAGAUCAUCCCUCAAUUGGAGAAACUAUCAUUAACAAGAGAUGACAUUGCAAUGAUAUGUGAGCAUGAGUCUAAACAAGACAUCCUUUUCAAUGGCAAAGUUCUUCAAAUUCAGGACUAUCUUGAUGAUGAAUUAGAUGUUUUACCGGUUGGAUUCCUAAAAAGGUUCUGCCGUCUAGAAAAUCUCAUUGUGAGCUAUUGUAAUUUUAAAGAGUUGUUCCCUUCAAAAGGAGAAGUUGAAGAACAAGAGAAACACAUUGAGAUUGAGACACUCUCAAGGAUUAAAACAUUAAAUCUGAAGUGCCUUCCAUAUCUCAGGCAUAUAUGGAGCCAUGACUCACCGAGUGUCCUUCAAAAUCUUAAAACUCUUGAUAUAUUCAAAUGUGAUAGUUUGAUUAUAUUAUCAACUUCAAUUUCAUCUUUCCAGAAUCUCACCACUUUGAACGUAACAAGUUGCAAAGGGAUGAUAAAUGUGGUUUCAGUCUCAACAGCACAAAGUUUGGUGCAGCUAGAAAGUAUUACUGUAGAGAGCUGCCACAUGUUGACUAAAAUAGUUGGAAGUGAACGAGAUGGAAUGCAAGAUUAUAUCAUGAUCACUUUUGCUAAACUAAAAUUUUUGACACUUCAGCAGUUGCCAAGACUAGAAAGCUUUUGUUCAGAAAAUUUCACCUUCAAAUUCCCACGUUUAAGAUGGGUAACUGUAAAGCAAUGCCCCAAGUUGAAGAUCUUCAGUGAGGGAGAGCUAGAUACACCAUUGCUAUGGGGAGUAAUAAUUAAAGAAGAGGACAAGUACCGUUCGAAAGAUGACCUUAAUACUAUCAUACAAAGAACGUACAUGGAAGAGGUUGGAUUUGCUGGGUUACAACUUUUGAUGCUAUCAGAUUUUCCUAAGUUCAUGGAAACAUGGUAUAUCAAGAAUGCUCAAGGACUCUUAGAUUUCAAACGGCUUCAGGUGCUGGAAAUUUGUAAUUGUAGCAAAUUCAAGUACCUCUUAACCCAUUCCAUGGCCAUGGGCCUAGUGCAACUCUUGCAGUUAAUAGUAAAAAACUGUGGGACAAUGGAACAAGUGAUAAUGGGAGAAGGAGCAGAAAAUAAAAUGGAAUUCUCACAUCUUUCUUUGAUCAAUCUAGAGUCUUGUUUGGAUUUGACAAGUUUCUAUGUGGGAAGUCAUAGUCUUGAGCUUCCAAGCUUAAAUGAUUUUAUUGUAAAGGACUGCCCAAAGAUGGUCACAUGUGCUGCUUCUACAUCCUUAGAAGAGCACAACAAAGAGGAAUCUCAAUACCUCUUUAGCAGUAAGGUGGAGACUCCCAGCUUGGAGUUUUUGAGUUUGUCUUCAAAUAACAUUCAACAAAUUUUGGACAAUUCGAUUCCAAAGAUAUCUUCUUAUGUCCAAAAUUUAAGAAAGUUGUGUGUGGAGGGUUGUGGUAAUUUGAAAAAUCUAUUGACGUCCUCCAUGGUUAAGAGUUUUGAGCAAUUGAAUUGGCUUGAGAUUCGGGAUUGUCAUAUGAUGGAAGAGAUAAUACUUGUAGAAGAAUCAGUGGACGAGGAAAGGAUGCGCAAGAUUUUCUUCCCUAACCUGGAGUUCCUACUACUCCAAGACCUUCCAAAACUCACAAGAUUUUGUUUUGGAAAUUACUUGGAAUUACCAUGCCUUUGGAAACUUAAGAUAAGCAAGUGUCCAGUGCUGAAGACUUUCAUCUCUAGCUUUAUUUUUGGAGACAUGGUAGCUAGUUUUGAUAAUGUCAAAAACACUUGUGCACUUUCUCUGUUCGACGCAAAGGUGGCAUUUCCCAAAUUAGAGCGUUUGAUCAUUGAACAUGUGAAGAGCUUGAAUAAGAUAUGGAAUGACCGACUCGAAGUAAAUUCUUUUUGCCAACUAACUUUGGUGAGCGUGGUUUCAUGCGAAAAGUUAAUGAAUAUUUUCCCAUUUAGUAUGGUGGAAAGGCUUCAGAGACUAGACAAACUCCAAAUAUGGAACUGUGAUUCACUUGAAGAGAUACUUGAGUCUCAAGAACCUGGUAUUAGUCAAUCGCAAGCUCAAAACGCCACUCUGCUGCCUUUGUUGAAAACUGUCACAUGCUUGGAGGAUGAUGUGAAGGAUGAGAUUGUCUUCAGCAAACUCAAGUAUUUGCAACUUUGUGGUUUGCCUAGACUUUCAAGCUUUUGCUCUGUUAAAUGCAAGUUUGAGUUCCCAUUUUUGGAAGAGGUGAUUUUGAUGGAUUGUCCAAGUAUGCACACUUUCUCUAUGGAUGAAAUAAGAACACCAAAACUGCAAAAAGUAAAAUUGAAUGGAGAUGAAGAUGAAGGCUUUUGGGAUGACAACCUAAACUCGACCAUACAACUACAUUUGAUGCGAAAGAGUCAAGGUGAUUCUGAAAAUUGAGAUCAAAGAAAUUGCGGCUUAUGUCCUUUCCAAGUGAAAUUUGAUGGUCUGAAUGGUGUACACGUAAGUUGGAUGUGAAGUUGUCACAUUGCUUG